UUCACUAGAAAUUGAUGAAAUUAAGUUUAUAGUGAAUUCACCUGCUAUGACUGUUGAAAAUCCAAAAGGCCUUAUAUUCAGAAUUUGGAUUUGGCUAACUUUAUUAUGUUGUUUAAGAGGUGGAGAUGCAAAAAGAUUAAAAGCAUCUUGGCUUAAAGAACUAGAUGAUGGUGGUAUGUUGCUUGAACUAUCUAAAAAAAAAAACUAUGCAGGAAGAUUUAAAGAUCUAUAUGCAGAAUCUGGAAGUAGUUUAAUACCACUUGAUAUCUCAGAAAAUAUUUAUAUCCCAAAAUUAGAAAAAGGAUCACAUAAUACUAUGAUGCAUAAUAUUUGUAAAGAUGCUAAGCUGAAUUUUAAAGACUAUAAUGUUUCUCUUUUAAUUGCAAUUGAAGAAGCAGAACCUAAUUCUCAUAUAGCAUUAAAAGAAUCUACUUCUAAUUAUAUUAAUAAAGGAUUUUCCAAAGCAUCUGAUUUACUUUUCAAUAAAUUUAAUAAAAUUGAUUUUGAAGCUAAUGUUAAUAAUGAACCCAAAAACAAAGUUGAUAAUAAAUCUGAAGCUAAAACUAAUAAUGAAAUCAAUUCUGAUGUGAGAUAUAAAAAAGCAAAGAUUUCCAAUAUUACAAUUGAAAAUUGCAGUAAUAUAAACAUUAAUAUUAGUUUAAUGCCAUAA